AUGCCCAUCAGCACGACUAUCGGCCUCAUGGCCUUUGGCUGGUUUGUCGAAGAACGAGACGCAUUGAUUGUGCCUACCUUCUUCUUUGGGGUGAUGGAAAGGCGCCCGCCUGUGCAUAGACCAGACCUGCCUUUGAUGGUGGAGUCUUCCAGCGGGACAAAGACAUGCGUUCGUGUUUGGACGUUGUCGUUGGCCAGAACCGAAGCAGCAGCAACAGCAGCGGCACCGUCGCCAACGCCGUUACCAUUGCGGCCGUUGCCUCUGUUCCAUCUGGGAGGACGCGGUGCAUGUCGCCGGGGGCCCUUUGCAACGGCAGAAGACGCCGCGAAACACUCGGCCGAACGGCGGAUCGCUGCUGGCGCUGAUUGA